CCAGUUUUGAGCGCACGAGCUUGUGGCAGCUGUUGGCAGGAAGGGAACUGGUCGGGUCACACUCGCUGGGUUUGUGCCUCUGACUCUCUCGGGAGAGACGCCUGAGCGGCUCCGCCUGGCUUUGCCCCCGGACUUCCUCCCGGUGUAAGGCCUUGCUGUGAAGUAGCCGUCUGCGGCUCUUGGACUCCUACAGCCUCCGGAGGCAGGUCCUCAGCGCCGUUUCAGGUCCUAGACGCGCCCCGCCUCCUCGCCGACGCUGAGCCAUGGCUUCCAUGGGGCUGCAGGUGAUGGGCAUCGCGCUGGCCGUGCUGGGCUGGCUGGGCGCCAUCCUGAGCUGCGCGCUGCCCAUGUGGCGGGUGACGGCCUUCAUCGGCAGCAACAUCGUCACGUCGCAGACCAUCUGGGAGGGCCUGUGGAUGAACUGCGUGGUGCAGAGCACCGGCCAGAUGCAGUGCAAGGUGUACGACUCGCUGCUGGCGCUGCCGCAGGACCUGCAGGCGGCCCGCGCCCUCAUCGUCAUCUGUAUCAUCCUGGCCGUGUUUGGCGUGCUAUUGUCGGUGGUGGGCGGCAAGUGCACCAACUGCGUGGAUGAUGAGAGCCCCAAGGCCAAGAUUAUGAUCGUGGCCGGCGUGGUGUUCCUGUUGGCCGGCCUGCUGGUAAUGGUGCCCGUGUCCUGGACGGCUAACAACGUCAUCCGUGACUUCUACAACCCCCUGGUAGCCUCGGGCCAGAAGCGGGAGAUGGGGGCCUCGCUCUACGUGGGCUGGGCCGCCGCUGGCUUGCUGAUGCUUGGGGGGACCCUGCUCUGCUUCAACUGCCCGCCACGAAACAACAAGCCCUACUCCGCUAAGUACUCCGCCGCCCGCUCCGCCCCAGCCAGCAACUACGUCUAAGGCACUACUGUUGACUUUUCAAAAAUUUUUUUUCCUUUCGUCUUUGUUUCUCCCUGGACUGAGCUCACUGCAAAUCUGUGACCCUAGGCCGAUGGCCCGGCCAUGGGCAGCAGGGGACCGGGUCAGCAGCCCCCAGAGCCUCCUGGCCCUCUCGGACACUUUCUCAAAGCCACCUCCAACACCAGCAAGGAGGAAUGGAAAGAGACUCCUGGCCCACCCUCCUCUGAAUGGCUGUGGAUACAGGGGGCUGGCUCCUGCUGGCCAGGACAGUUCAGCCUUGACUUUGCUUGGGCUCUGCCUCCGAGUGGGUGCUCAGUGGACCAAGGGGCCCGCGUGGACCACCGUCCCCCUUCUUCAAUCCUCCCUGCUCCCCUCUGCCAGCAUUCUCUGGCUGGGCCAGUGAGCGCUUAGGCCGGGUCUUGCCCAUGGAAACCUGGGGCCAUGAGAACGGCCGCCUUGCUCACCUACCUGCCCUUGGAGCUUAGUUGCACAGAGUGGACAGACAGGUUUAGAGGGGAGGGGUGGAGGUACUACAAACUGGUUUGGGUAGUGGUGGGGGAGGAGGCCAUAGAGGUGGCCCAAGCUGCCUGCACCCCUUCCAGCCCCUGACCGUGGCCCCCGGCCCCUUGACCCUGGCCACCUCUGGAUCCUCCGCCCCUGCCAAGGUCAUUGGCAGCCUGGAGAGAGCAGGGGGAACACUCUUUUCUCUGGCCCUCCAUCCCAGGAAGUCCUGGGGCUUUCCCCUGCCUCCUACGUGGUUUCUGUUUUGUAAUUUAAGCUAUUUGUCACGGUAAUUGCUAUUAUUUUCUACAAUAAAUGGGACCUGUGCACAGGAA